CGCAAGUUAGUUUGAAUUGGAAAAAAUGGUCGACCGGAUGAAACUAUAGUAUCAUUACAAAGAAAAGUAAUAGUCAAUUGGCAAAUAAAUUGGCCAAUACCUUAUCAAUGUUCAAUGAUGAUUCACCCUAGAAAGUUUCCGUACGAAAUAAGGACUUUGCCACCACUUAACCUGAGUUAAUAGCAAUAUAAACAUCUAUAAAAAAACCAUAUACUUUAUUUAUUCCACUAAAAAAUCGUCUUAACAAAUUCUUGUGGCUAUGGAGCUUGGUGAAGAAGAAAAGAGAUUAGAAUAUAAAUGUAGAUGUUGGUGAAAUACUUAUAGAUCAAAAGGUUGACCACACUAGUUUUCUGAUAGACCUUUCAUGUGCAAUCAUGUAGUUCAUUGUCUUCAGAGCACUCUCCACAACAUUUUCUUGAGGUAUGAAUAUAUUCUUAAUCUUAACCGAUCGACCUCUCUAUGGUGCGGUCGACUAGUUUCUUUCUGAACAUGGAAUUUUUCAUUAUUAGGUCUACUGCAACCUACAAGCGAUAGACUGUUCUAUUAAUUUGUCAUGAUUGGGUCUUAAUGUAAGUGUGUAAUAUGGUCGAUUGUUUCAAGAAAGAGGUCGAUCAUUUUAAUGAAGUGGUCAACCGCUUUCGUUAAAGCGAUCAACCGUUUCCUCCAAGUCAAGGUGGCUUGGAACUCUCCAUAGUUACAACCUGCAAAGUGUAUGUUGCUAAUAUAUAUUUGAUUUUCUUGAUUAAUCCAAUACUAAAGAAUUUAUUUUUAAUUUUCUAGAUAACUAAUGCUUCACUAUUUUUUAACAUAUUAUAUCUUUACCAUUUUAUCUUGAAUUUCAAAUAUACUUGUACGUAAAAAUCAAAUUAAUUAUGAUCUACAAUAUGAUUUUUCACUUUGAUAUGUUGUUUAGCAACAAAAUGAAAGGCAAUUUGAUACCUACAUGCAUUUCUUAGUGUUUUGCACGUAUUCUUGUGUUUCUGGUGUACAUUUAGUAUUUUUGGUAUACUUUAGAGGAUUUUUAAUAUGUGUUAUAUUGGUUUGGGUAUGUAUUCUUGUGUUUUGACAUAUAGUGUUGUGUUUCUUGUACGCAUACUAGCGUUCCGGGUACUCAUUCCUUAGUUUUUGGCAUGUAUUUAGAGAAAAUAAUAUUAUAACAUUAUAACGCUAAAACAAAUAUAAGUUUUUAGAUAAGUCUAACCAUAGGGAUUUAUCUCUCACUUUUUAAUAACUAAGCCCUAAUUAUUUUUUACCAAUAAUAUCUCUUUCAUUUUGAUCAGUUUCCAAAUAAUUUUGCACAAAGAAAUUUGAUAUAAAUUAUGAACUACAAUAUGAGAUUCAUCUUGAUAUCUUUUCAACAAAAAUUAAAAAAUAUAAUUUUAUAGUAAUAUGCAUUCCUGAGUUUUUGGUGUCAAUUUUUAGUUUAUGGUAUGCUUUUUUGUACUUCCGGUAUGCAAUAUUCUUUAAUUUUUGGGUUCUCGAACCUUGUAGAUUAUUAUCCUAUUUUGGAAUGUGCGAGGGUUUAGUCAAGCCUUCAAACUUAAGGAUUUUGUUGUAUUUUUAAGACCGAACAAAAAGUAGAUGUAGUAGCUAUUAUAGAAAGAUGUAUACAUAAAAAAAUCCAAUAAAGCAUUUUCAUAAUCACAUGAGCUGUCGGGAGAAGUAUUUGAGCUAUCUAGAAUCAGAAUUGGGGCGUCUUUGGUAGCUCUCGUCCUUGAAUUUCACUCUACCAGUCGUGAUACCAAGCAAGAAUUUUUUUACAUAUUUGUAACACGUUCGACAUGUGAGAGUUAUUUUUAUCAAAUCAGUUUAUGGCUCCAAUGAUGAGCGGAUAGGGAAGGUUACCUAUAUGGAAAUGAAGAGAUUAAAGAUAAGUGAUGCCCGUUUAGUGUAGGUGGUGACUUCAAUGCAGUUCUUAGUCCAGGAGAGACGUCCAAUCUUGUGCAAGUUAGUUCUAGCAUGUAUAAUUUCAAGGACCAAUAGGCAAUCUAGCCGUCCAAUCCCUAGGAAGCAUGACAUGAUUCUAGCUAGUCUAGUGAAUGUUGAGUGGUUGCUUGCUUGUUCUAAAUGUAGUGUAGAAAUUUUAUCGGUUUUUCAUUGAUGGUUACCCUCUCUAUCAUAUUCUAUGCAAGCUAUAGGAAGUUAAGAAAUCCUUUAAAAUCUGUAAUAGGUGUGAUUUUUUUUUAUAUUAGUUCUCAAUUUAAAGGCUUGGAAAGCAAGUUGUAGGCUACUUAGAUAGUCUUUGAGAGACCUACACUCUCGAAUUUUGAGGUAAUGGAUAGUCUAAUGAAGCACUUCAAUACAUUAAAGUUACAAGAAUAUAGCUUUUACAAGCAGAAAUUGAUAAUAUCUUGGUUGGGUAUGCAUGAUUUCUAGCACCUGUUUCUUUCACCAAUAUGUUAAUAUUGGAAAUAUGAGGAAGGUAAUUUGAAAACUUUUCACUGAUGAUGGUCGUUAUCUUAACAUGGAUCACAUUGUACAAUAACUGGUGUCUUAUUACUAGCUACUCAUUGGGUUGAUGACUAUGCAGUUAACCCACACCAGUAUAAAUGGAAUUCUUUGCUCAGUCUACAUUUGAGAAGGAAGAGAAGAAUGUUUUAUGUUCUGUUGUCACAACAAAAAUAUGAUAGCUCCAACAGUUUCACUUAAUGCUCAUUGAGCUCCAAGGGUGGAUGAGUUCAUAUCUUGAUUUUGUAAACAUACUGGACGAUUGUAGGCCCUGAUAAUCACUAUUAAAGUACUUAGCAUAUGUAAAUUAGUUAUAUUGCCUCACUUUGUCACCUCUACGAUUGUUAGCCUCAUCUCGAAAUCCACACAUCUCAUAGUAUAAAUUACUUUCCCCCUAUUUUCUUGUGUUAAUGUGCUUUACAAGUUUGUUCUUUUUUUGUGUCUGUGUGAAUCGGGUGCUUUUAUUCCUACAUACAAAAGCAUCCAAAGUUCAUUCUUCAAUCCUGAUAGAACAGAAAGUGAAACUCCAAAGGAAAAUCCCAAAAGCAUAGACCAAAAAAUGAAGUGUAUCUAACUAGCAACUUUGCUAAUCAUUAUGCCUUCUCUCAACUAACUGAAAUACUUGGUGAAAAUAAAUCAGUACAACAAUUUGCUUGAUAAUAAAUCACAAAAAGCAAAUGUUGAAUCAAGAAAACUGAAAACUUCAAGAGUUCGAGGUUACUCUCCAUAAAGAUUCCUACAAUGCUCCUUCCACAUGUAUGCCACACAACACUAGAGUAUGCCAGCAAGAUGCCUAACCGUAGUCUGCUUUUUGGAGAGAUCACAGGUCACAGUAAUUGAUGCUUUCUAUGAACUCAUGAAAAACAUACUAAUACAUCUAAUAUCAUCCAACAGUCUUCAAGCGGAAGGGCAUUGAAAGAAAAGGUGCUCCCUUAUUUCAUCUUAGUUAACGCAAAGCAAGUAUAAACCAUCAUUAUUUCCCCGAUCUUAGAAAUUUAUCCCUCAUUACAGUGCCAUCAAUCAGCACCAACCAGGUUAAAGAAACUAAAACAUGGAAUAUAGCCUUCCCCUACACAAGAGAUGCCCACUAAAAAACAGGCCAUUGGGUCUCAUAGUGCCCCAUACAAUAACAACAGUGAACUUAUACAUAGGCAUACCAUUCAAGUAAAGAACUGAACCUUGCAUACUUAGAUGAGCUUGAAUCACAUGACAUAUUUUUAGAACUCUUCUCCAAAACUAAAAGCUAUUUGACAUAAUAAUAACAAUCUAUACUAUACCUUAAUUCACCCUAUACUUCCACAUCCAUGCCACCCCAAAUUAUUCCACACUGCAUUAGCAAGUGCCAAAGCAUCCUCGUUAUGCAAUGUAAACAUUUAUCGAAUUCCUAGACCUCCUUUCUUUCUAGGUAUGGCCCUUUGUCCCAACCUAUUUUAGUUCUCCCUUCAUCACCCUAAUGUCAAAGGAAGUUAGAACAUGGACUAUGAAUUUGUUUCAAUGUUUUUUUAGGACUUGCAUCCAGAACUGCAUAAUAAGAACUGAUGAUAUGAAUUGAAACCGUUGAUAGCGUUGUAUUUGCACAUGUUUGCACCGUUGUUUCUUAACUGUUUAGGCUCAAAUUUGUGAUUUCUUGGACUAUUUUACGCUAGGUUGUGUUCCUUUGUCAUAUUUCAGGUCCUAGCAUGUAAAUUGAAGUAUAGGCGCAAGUUUCAAGUCAAUCGGAGAUCAUUUGGCAAUUCGGGAGAAGAAACACGAGCAUGACCUGAGGAAUAAUGGACUUAUACCUCAUAUUAUCGACAAAAAAUCAUGGAAUAUUUUCAUUAAAAGAAACAGGACGAGACUACGAGCGUCUGGGAUCAAACGAAGACUGAUUCGGAGUCCGGACGAGGGAGAAACGAAGCAUUAAACAGGAGCGAAGGAAGAAAUACAGGCAGGAGAAAUACGACCGUAUUUCCCCUCCCAUGCCCGUAUUUUCACUGCCGAGAGGAGCCUUGGAUGCAUUGAAACUUAAAGAAAACGCGUGUUUUGGGCAAAAUACGGGCAUGGAAGAAUUACGACCGUAAUUCAGCCUGUAUUUCACCCUGAAUCGGGUUUUUGAGAGUGAUUCGAGCAAAAGGAGAGGGAAUCGACUUUUUGGAGCAAAAACAGAGUUUUAGAGAGAGAAAGUGCAAAGAAAAAACCCUAGGAGCUAUUUGGAGUGGAUUUCUCACCAUUGAAGCCCAGAUUUCAUCCCCAGGAGUGAAGAUCGUUAUCCCGGAGCAGAUUAUCCUCAUUGUUAUGAGUAUGAUUACUCUGAUUUUUGUUUUCCUCUCUCUCUGUGGAGUAGAACCUUCUCUCACUUGGGUAUGAAGAACCCUAGUUCCAUGUGUUAGGGAUCUUGAUUGUAAUGACUUGGGAUUGUUAUACUGAUUGAUUUUAAUCGAUUGAUGCAUGAUUUAUUGAGUCAAUUGAAGUCUGAUCAUCUUUUCUUGAUUUCUGCUGCAACUUGAGAUAGAUAGAAUCUGAUUAGGUUGUUAGAGCUUCAUCAAUCGGUAGUGGUAGAUUGGUUAUACGAGAGUUAAUCGAUUUACUGCUUUGUACUGGAAUCCAAUUCCAGUAGUGGACAACUGCGUUCAUAGCCUUAGCUUUCUACCCCGGUGAAGACAUAGUUGUCGCCGAGUAGUUGGACUAAGAGGGCUUGGUCAGCUUAAGAGAUUCCAAGCUACUUUCGGAUCUUUCGAAUUUUAAUCAACAGUUAAUCAACCCAGGGUAAUUACAACUGUGACCUAACUAAGGAGUUAGGGGGACUCAUUCUCGAGUGACUCUUCCCUUGCUUUAGAAAAUCGAAUCAUUUCCAGCUUUCUUACUGCUUUUACUUAAAAUCAACAACCACUAGACUUAGUUUGCUAGAUAAUAGAUAAACACGGAGUAGGAAGUAGAUCUAGACCCCGGGUUGACAAAUAGAGCGUGCCACUUACUGCAUUACCGGACUGCGAUUAUACUUGGUCGCAGUUUAGUGUUGUGUUUUAGCGUGUCAACCGUCCUCCAUAAUGAAGCUUCUUUGCAUGCCAUAAUCUAAUCUUUUGAGUAAUCUUAGAAAACAAUAUAUCGCUAUGAAUCAAAGAAAGAUUGCUUAAAACCAGGUGGAGUUCUAAAUAUCUCAUCGAUAUACUUUGCUCAUAGAUCCUGGAUGACUGUAAAGCAUUAUGCUUAUACACAACUAAUUACAGACUUUUGUUGGAAGAUUUGUAUAUGGGCUAUCAUGAUUUCCCUCAUAUUUUGGUGUGGAAGGCUUACAUUCCAUUUUAGGUGUGCUUCUUUGUUCGACUAUAUACCCUAAGAGGAUAUUGAGGUUGGAAAAAUUGAAGAGACGCAAGUGGAUUCUUGUAAACAUGUGUGAGCUCUGUCUUUGUGAGGAGGAGAUGAUUAACCACUUUUCAUUAAUUGCAAUUUUGUCCGUGAAGUGCAUAGUAGAGUUAGCCGUGUCAGUAGAAGAGUUGCAACAUGUGAUGGUGACAUUAUGUCAACAAUCAAACAAUUACGAGUUUGUAAAAGGGAGAGCAUUGGGGAGUGUUUUCAGUUUUGUCUCCUUCAUGUUGUGUGUUGAAGUGUGUGGCUUGUAGGUAACAAAUAUUGUCAUCAAGUGAGCCUCUCACCAAUGAUGCUAUCUCAGCGAAUUGUGAAGUCUACUUUGUAAUGACUAGUUGCUCAUGGGAAAUAGAGAAAUUAGGAGGAAUUCAAUGGUUGAGACAACAUACGUGAGAGGGAUUCAUGUGAAGCAACCUUCCGGUUAGAGUCUUUCAAGAGGGAGUUGGUGGUGAUGUCUGCUUCACUGCUGUGUGCUCGCCACUUUCUUUUAGUGUUUUUCUAGUAGAGUUAUAGUUCGGAUGGCAUGGUGUGGCUUGUUACUUCAUACUACAGUUGUGGUUUUGUUGUGAGUGUCUUCUUGUAACUACUUUGACGUGUUGUGUUUGUAGUGUUGCAGGGUGCUAAUUAUUGUAUUGGUUUUUCUUACUUUACCAAAUCUCUUGUUAUGGCAUUUUCUUAUAUGUUCUUCUUUAUUUAGCCUUUUUUCUCGGCACCUCCUAUGAUGGAUGCGUUUCUUUUUUGAUUUGUUUGAAGAAUUUCAUCAUUUUCUUUAGUUUUUAAUUCAAUUUGCACCACUAUUAUAAAAUCCAGGUGGGUAGCAAGAUGUAGUGGCUAAGUAGAGUUUUUUAGUGUUUGGCCAACUUAAGAUGGAUGGAGAGGGAUUUUUUUAUAUCAAGAUUUGGAAAAAUUAUAUGAUAUUACACAACUGUAUGAUUGAGCUCUUGGGAUGAUUUGGAAAUUUGGAAUGAGACUUGAGCAUGCUAAGUUGACGGGCGACGACAAACGAGGGUGGGAUGAUAGAUUGUGUUUCAUGUCAGCUUAAUUAUGAGGCGGAUGCUUGUGCAUGCACGAGUGAUCUAAUGAAAUGUAGGGCAUGGGAUGUGAUAUAAAAAAGUGGGUGGGUGGUUACAGAAUGUGAAAAGGUAUUUUAAGGGUAAGUGGGUUUAAUUGGAUUUCAUGCUAUCAUGAUUUCUUUUAGGGUGAAUUACUUUGAGUGCCACUAACCUCAAACCUUUAAUUGAAUGUUCAUAUGAAAUGGAGAGGGGGAGGGGGUAAAACAACUUAAGCUAAAAGAAGCAACUUAAAGGAGGGUCAUUGAUAUACGAAAAAUGAAGACUUGGUCAAUUUGUUCGUUACACCAUAAAAACUUUACGGUCCCACCAAAUUUAGAUUUAAUGUCACAACGUUCUAUUGGCCUCACAUAUUUUCUCUUUCCCCGAGAAAAUCUCCAAAUGUUCGUUGUACCCAAACUCUUCCUUCUUUUCAUUAUAUCAUUCUAAAAUCAUUUCUUUCCCAUUCUAGAUACCCUUUACCCUCUACGGAGGUAAAAUUUUAUGAUUUCUCCAGUACUUUCUAAUCAUUGUAAUUUUUAUCGGUUGCUGAUGUUAUAGAGUUGGGUUUCUGAGUUUUUGUAUUGCAGGCAUUUGGUUAUGGCUUUGGUAGUUACUUAUGAUUGAUUGAUUCUUCUUUCCCCUUGUUUUUACAAGGUUUUCUCAAACCUUUAAAAUAACAAAAAAGUAAAAAAGUAACAUAAAAAAAGGAAUCCAAAAGUUUCUCCCCCGGGUAAUGGCUGCAUUGUCUCAGCCAAAUACACCGCCAGGUUUUGAUUCUCUACUUCAUGAACUUUUUUUUAUGUGUGAAUGAACAAUUGAUUGGUUUGGUUGUUAAGAUUAAAGAUUAUUAUAGUUUGGUGCAGUGGUCGAGACAGAGCAGUCGUUGCAUGAGAAGAAGCCCAAUAGAACAGAGUCAUUGAAGCAAAGAGCAAUUAAUGCAUCCAACAAAUUGAGAAACUCAUUGAUAAAAAGAGGAGGAAAAAGGAGUAGCAAAAUAAUGUCUAUCGAGAUUGAGGAUGAGCAUGAUGCCGAGGAGUUGAAGGCAGUUGAUGCUUUUCGACAGGCUCUUAUCUUGGACGAGCUUUUGCCUUCCAAGCAUGAUGAUUACCACAUGAUGCUUAGGUUCUUGAAGGCUAGGAAAUUUGACAUCGAGAAAACUAAGCAAAUGUGGUCAGAUAUGCUCCAAUGGAGGAAGGAAUUUGGAUCAGACACAAUCAUGGAGGAUUUUGAGUUCAAUGAAAUAAAUGAAGUCCUACAACAUUACCCACAAGGACAUCAUGGAGUAGAUAUGGAAGGCAGGCCAGUAUACAUUGAGAGGCUGGGAUUGGUAGACGCAACCAAACUCAUGCAAGCAACUAAUAUGGAUAGAUAUGUGAAGUACCAUGUUCAAGAAUUUGAGAGGACUUUUGCCAUUAAGUUCCCUGCAUGUACCAUUGCUGCUAAAAGACAAAUUGAUCAGAGUACUACCAUCUUGGAUGUUCAAGGAGUGGGUUUGAAGAACUUCAACAAGGCCGCAAGGGAGCUCAUUACCCGUCUUCAGAAGGUUGAUGGUGACAAUUACCCUGAGACUUUGAAUCGAAUGUUCAUCAUCAAUGCCGGUUCUGGAUUUAGAAUGUUGUGGAACACUGUUAAGUCCUUCCUUGAUCCUAAGACCACUGCUAAGAUCCAUGUUCUUGGGAACAAGUACCAAAGCAAGUUGCUUGAGAUCAUUGAUGCUAGCGAGCUGCCAGACUUCUUGGGAGGAACUUGCACAUGUGAAGACCAAGGUGGUUGCAUGCGCUCUGAUAAAGGUCCUUGGAAAGAUCCUGACAUCAUUAAGAUGAUUCAAAAUGGGGAGCACAAAUGUAGAAAGACUAGUGAAAUUGCUGAUAAACCAGACGAGAAGACCAUCUCAGAAGACGAGAUAAUCUAUUCAAAGGCAAGUAACUCACCUAAGGUGGAGUCAGUUCCAGAAGUGGAUGACACUAUAGUAACAACAAGGGCCCAAAUCGAGCAUCCUCAGAUUGCUCCUAUACUUCACCAAGUUAGUCAGAAAAAGAUGUCAUUCAAAGGAUACAAUGCCAUAAUUGAGAAACCAACAAAUAUGAGGUGGAAGAAUGCCGUUCACAAUCAUAACUUUGCUUCCAUGGGUAAAGUUGCACUGGAUCCUCACAAGUUACCACCAGAGAGCUUCCCUAUCAUAGAUGCUCAAAGGUUACUUGCAGAGGGGGCUAGCUCACCAUUAAUUACUGGAGUGAUGGCAUUCGUGACUGGGAUCGUGACGAUGAUCAAGGUGACUAGGAACAUGCCAAAGAAGUUGACAAACUCAACCAUCUACUCUAGUCCAGUUUAUUGUGAGGAACCAAUGCAGAGAAUGCAACAGCCAAUAGUCACCCAGCCAGCAGUUCCUACUGUUGCGGUAUCAGAAUUCAUGGCUGUGGUGAAAAGGAUGAAUGAGAUGGAGGAGAAAGUGACUGUGUUGAGCAAUAGACCAAACUUGAUGCCACCUGAGAAAGAGGAUUUGUUGAAUGGUGCUUUAACAAGAAUUGACACCUUAGAGGAGGAGCUUGCUGCCACCAAGAAGGCUUUGGAUGAUUCACUUUCAGCACAACAAGAAGUUUUGGCUUAUCUUGAGAAAAAGAAAAAGAAGAAAAAGCUGAUCCAGUUCGGGUGGUGAGAACAUGAAUGAGCACCUGAGGAAGCAAAUAAUUGAAAACAGUGGGGGAGAAGAUGUGAUCAUCAGUGUCCAAGGCCCAAAACCCAAAUGCAUCUCUUUUCUUUUCUUUUCCCAAACAACCCAAACAAAAGAAAAAAACACACUGCCAUGUACAAAAAAGAAAAGCAGGAAAAUUAGUAAAUAUAAAGUUUUGUGUCCUUCGCGCAUACUCUUAUGCCAUUUAACUUUGGGUAAAGGGAAAAGAAAGAAAUACUGAAAGCAAAGAGUAUAUCAGAAAAUAUUCAGUAAAUUUUUAUGCACUGUUAUAUAGAGAUGUUUAUAUUUUUUUCUUUUUUCUUUUGAAUAUAUGUUUUCCUCUUUGUAAGAACUUUUUUCCAUGUAAAGCUCUAUUUUCUUGAGAGUGAGGCCGUCUAAGGAGGAAAAAUGAUCAGAAAAUGAAGGCUAUAUGUAACAUAUAGGUAGGUAGUAAAUAUUUUUUUGUGAAUAGAAAGUAUCCGCAGAGGAUCGAAAAGCAUUUAUAUGUAUAUGCUAGCUAGUUUUUUUAAUAUGUAACCUGCAGGUUUCUAUCAUUCUACAAAUUACCUGCCAUUUUGAAAAUUAAAUUUUUUGGGCAAAAAACCACUCGAAGGGACAAGAAAUCAACAUAGUAAAAAACAUAUAUGAAACAAAGAAGUGAACAACGAAAGACCUUUCAUGGCAAACAAGCGACCUUGUUACCAGAAUGUCCAACUAAUCAUACUUCAAAAUGUAGAAAAUUAUUGUGAAUAGCUAAAAUCUUAUCCUAAAAGUCCACCACAAUCAGUUGUCCGCCCCUCCCAAAAUUUAUCCUAACAAUCUCCGCAUCACUUGGAAAAACCUCAUACGUUAGCCCCCUAGCCAUGCAAUAUUGAAUCUAGUUACAGAGAGCGAGCAACUCCAUCGGAAAAGAGUCAAAAAUUCCUUCAUCCCUCCUUCUUGUAUUUGUGAUUUCUCCUGUAUUAUUCUUGUAUAGCUAAACCCUUAGAUUAUAUGGAUUACGUAGAACCCUAGUGGCAUCAAUGCUUGAUUUAGAGUUUGAUGUUCUUUUUUGGAUUAAUUUGUUUAUGUGAUGAUUGUUUGAUGUUUUUUUUUUUGGAUUUAUUGUUGUUAGUAUAUGAUUGCAUACCUAAUUGAAGCUAUCAUCUCACGCAUUGAUAUCUUCGAAUAUGAUUUAGAGUUGGAUAAGACUCAACACAACCAUCUCUCAGAAUCGAUCACCAAUUGAUUGAACUAUGCAAGCUCAUCAAAAGAGAAAUCUGUAGGAUCCAUUAUAGCCUACUAGAUCUAAUAGAUGUUAGACAUAAGAUGGUAUGAAAUCCAUCUAAAGGGUCAAAUAAAUCACAUGACAUGAAAAUCCGUCAGACCUAAGGGGAGAAUACUCUAGAUAAUCGCUUUGAUACUAUUUAAUUUAUCAUAAACCUUCCUCUAUUUCAAUUUUGAAAAAAAAGAAGUACUAUAGGCAAGGAUGUCAUAGUAGGUGUGUUCGAGUUCUUUCAGAAGGGUGUUAUGCCUAGUGGCUUCAAUGCUACUGCUGUUUCUCUAUGCCCCAAGGUACCAAAUGCAACUAAUGUGAAGAACUAUUGUCCUAUCUCUUGUGUAAAUCUAGUCUAUAAAAUUGUAGCUAAAAUUGUAGCGCAAUGACUUAUAUAUGUUUUUGUCUUUAGUGAUUAGUGAGAACCAGUAUGCUUAUAUAAGAGGUAGAAGAAUCAUGGAUAAUAUUUUAAUGGUUUAGGAGCUAGUGAGUGGCUAACAUAACAAACAACUUUCUUCUCGAUGUGAAAUCAAGGUGGAUAUCAUGAAAGCUUUCGAUUCAGUUAGCUGGAUUUAUCAUUUUCUUAUGAUGAAACUGAUGGCUUUCCCAGAUCAAUUUGUGAAUUGGAUUCGUAGUUUUUUGCAUACUUCACAUUACAAUAUAACAUUAACGGGGGC